CCUAGGUGCCUGCGGGGGUAGUCUCCGGCUCCGCGCUGCUGCCGAGGAGGAUGUGAGCGGCGGCCCGGCCUCCCAAGACGAUGCUCUCUGUCGUGGGCGCGGCGGCCCUGGUGCUGGUGGCCGGGGCGCCUUGGGUGCUACCCUCAGCUGCAGGUGGAGAAAAUCUGAAACCUCCUGAGAAUAUAGACGUCUACAUUAUAGAUGACAACUAUACCCUAAAGUGGAGCAGCCACAGAGAGUCAGUGGGCAAUGUGACGUUUUCAGCAGAAUAUCGAACAAAAGACGAGGCGAAGUGGUUCAAAGUGCCUGAAUGUCAACAUACUACAAGGACCAAAUGUGAAUUCUCUUUACUGGACACAAAUGUGUAUAUCAAAACACAGUUUCGUGUCAGAGCAGAGGAAGGGAACAGCACGUCUUCAUGGAAUGAGGUUGAUCCAUUUAUUCCAUUCUACACAGCUCAUAUCAGCCCCCCAGAAGUACGCUUAGAAGCUGAAGAUAAAGCCAUACUGGUCCACAUCUCUCCUCCUGGACAAGACGGCAACAUGUGGACACUGGAGAAACCUUCCUUCAGUUACACCAUACAAAUCUGGCAGAAGUCUUCCAGUGACAAAAAAACUAUUAACUCUACGUAUUAUCCAGAAAAGAUACCAGAGCUCUUGCCAGAGACCACUUACUGUUUAGAAGUUGAAGCAAUACAUCAGUCACUAAAGAAACACAGCAAUUACAGCGCAGUGCAGUGUAUAAGCACCACAGUGGCAAAUAAAAUGCCUGUGCCAGGAAAUCUAGAAGUGGAUGCCCAAGGCGAGAGCUAUGUUCUGAAAUGGGACUACAUUGCGUCUGCAGACGUGAGCUUCAGAGCACAGUGGCUCCCUGGCUAUUCAAAAAGCAGUUCUGGAAGCCGUUCAGAUAAAUGGAAGCCAAUUCCAACCUGUGCAAAUGUCUGGACUACACACUGUGUCUUUACUCGGGAUACUGUCUACACAGGAACGUUCUUUCUCCGUGUACAAGCCUCAGAUGAAAAUAACACAUCCUUUUGGUCUGAAGAGAAGUUUAUUGAUUCUCAAAUAUACAUUCUCCUUCCUCCUCCGGUCAUUACUGUCACCCCCACGAGGGACACCUUGCUUGUUUAUGUCAACUGUCAGGACAGUUUCAGCAAAUGUGAUAGACUCACUUACGAAAUCAUCUUUUGGGAAGACACUUCCAAUCCUAAAAAGCAAAGCAUGGUGGUGAAGAGUCACCGGGAAUUCACCCUCAAAAACCUGCAGCCGCUGACUGUGUACUGUGUCCAGGCCAGAGUGCUCUCCACAGCCCUGCAGAAUAAGACCAGCAACUUCAGUGAUAAGCUGUGUGAGAAAACACGUCCAGGAAGUUUUUCCAUGAUCUGGAUUAUCAUUGGAUUUGGUGCUGUGUUGUUCUCUGUCGUGGUGCUUUAUGCUUUGAAGAGCGUCUGGAAACGCCUGUGUCAUGUGUGCUUCCCACCACUCAAGCCUCCCCGCAGUAUUGAUGAAUUUUUCUCUGAGCCGCCUUCAAAAAACCUUGUACUUCUGACGCCUGAGGAGCACACCGAAAGAUGCUUCAUCAUUGAGAACGCAGACAUGGUCGCUGUAGAGGAAGAGCAUGCACCUGAGGAAGAUCUCAGGAAGUACAGUUCCCAGACCAGCCAGGACUCGGGGAACUAUUCUAAUGAAGAGGAGGAAAGUGGGGGCCCUGAAAGCAGCCAAACAGUGCUCUCCACAGCUCUCUGUGGGAGUCCGUGGACAGUGCCUGGCCCUCCUGGGACCUUGGAAGACGGGACCUGCUUCCUGGGGAAUGAAAAGCAUCUUCAGAGCCCAGCCCUGAGGACAGAGCCAGCUCUCCUCUGCUGACACGGGCUUGGCACAGUCUGGGGUACAUGUGGAUGAGACAGACUUAGCUGAAGUGGCUGCCAGCUUCUGCUGCCAGCUGAAACCCCUGGGUGCUGUUUGUGCCACAGAUGAGGCUCACUGCUGUCAGGUGGUUCUCUCUCGGUGUUCGCCCUCUAGGAGACAUUUAGAACAUACAGCUUUUAAAUCCUGCUGUAGCCCCUCAGUAUGUCACAGGUACUGUUGUCUACAGUAGUGCUUCCUAACCCAUAACUCACCACGACCGUGGCUUCUGACCAGAAGUCACUGAAACCGUGGAGAAAGGGGACACUAACUGGAGGAGCCGGCGUUGUUUAAGAUCUUAGUGUGGCCUGGGUGUGCAUGUUGCACUCUAGUACUUGUGGAACUAGAAAAUGCCAGGGAAAAAAAGCAGGCAUGAGCCAUUCAGUAAGAGAGAAGCUAAUGAACGGGGUGAUGGAGAAGGCUGUGUCCAGUCAGUGUCUGUGUGAACGCCCUAUGCUGGUCUCUGUAGCCUUCCUGUGAUACUGAUAAAACCAGGCCGACCCCCUGUCCUCUGUCCAGCACAGGUCACUUCCCAGCUCCAGGUACUUAAAACAACAAAAUGUGGGCUCCUAAGGUGAAGAAACAGUGCUGCCUGCAGGUGCUGCCUGCAAGUGCCUAUAAGUAACCUUACAUGGAUGCUCCAUGUGCAUGCUCUGUAGGCAGGAUAUGUAGCAGUGCUGGCGGUUCCAGGGCAGACUCAGUUGCAGGCUGAAAAGGAAGAGAUGGGAGUGAUGCAUCGUAGCCGUGGCUCCCACUGCGCUUGCUGCACUGCGCCGCUUUAAUGAAUUUUGUUGUUUUGCUUUGUUUUUUGAACUUUAAAGUGAUAAUAUAUUCUCAGAUAUAGCACAGAAGAGACACUACACAAAUUACGACCAAAAGUUGUGAUAGAAAAGAGCUUUUGACUGAGUAGAGCGCCUGCUCCUCACUACUAACUUGUAUCUCGGUCUCAUCAACAGAGAGAGAGUGCAGAAGAUUGAUUUUCAUCCUGACUUUUAUUUUCUCUCCUGGUUUCUGGAUUCGGGUGUGCUUUCAAGGCUCUUAACAACUUGUCUGCCCACAGGUUAGCCCGGAGACCCAGCCUUUUGGCUAAAUUUUGUAGGUUCCUGUACUUGAAGGACUCCAGCUCCUCUGCAGAGGGGACGGUCAUCGAGUUCUGCAAUCACGCUGAUACCCAGAAAAAUGGCCACACAACUCAAAACUGGUGCCACGCUUUAAUAAUUCUACCCAG